GUCCUCUUUGUGGUAAUACUUUGCUGUGGUGACUGGUUGCUGUGGUAACUGGUUGCGAUGGUAACGUUACAAGGGGAGAAAAAAUACAAGCGCACACAACCAAGCACACACACAGAGGAAGCUUCUUCGUCCACAGCGAUAUAGACAAGAAAGCAUUUACGUUGUCAACACGAAGGUUAUUUCAGCCUAAAAGUAAGAGAUGGCGAACGAGGAAUCAAGGUCACGGACAGAAGUGAUUGAAAGAACACCGGAGGUUCUUGUGCUACGUGCUACUUCGGAGGAACCAGAAGAGGUUGAACCUCAGCAGCAAAGACCUCGUGUGCGGUGGGAAGAGGGAACAGUAGAUAACGAGUUCAUGAACAAGAAGAAGUCCAAGAUCUGUUGCAUUUUCCAUCCGCAGACGAACUUCGAUGAGGAAUGUGAGUGCGAUUCUGAUAACGGCUCCUCUUCGUCGUCGUCGUCGUCGUCGUCUUCCUCAUCUUCCAGCGAUGAAGGCGAUGAGAACGAUCCAAGGGGCAAUGAUGCGGAGAAGAAGAGGAAGAAGAAGAAAUCCAGCAAGAAGAAAAUGAAGAAACUGCCAAGUCCAAACUCGUAUGAGUAUCAACCUGACUACUCAAAGCAUAAGCAUUCCCACAAUAACAAAGAUGAUGGUGGCCAUCAAGGCCAUUCGCAUUCACAUUGAACCUACACAGGCACAUUGGUCUGUUCAAUCUUUAUGUAUUU